AUCUCAUUACUUCUCUUUCUUCAAGUAAAAACAUAGUAAACAGCACAAUCGUGUGGGUUCGCAUCUUUUCUUAUGUGUCUGUCUCUCUCCUAUGUUUGAAAAAAUCUCAUUCAUUUUCCUAUUUCUUUUCUCUUCUCUCCUUUAAAACGUUGCUGUUUUCUUUUCAUUCUUACACCUCAACCCCACUUUGUGAAAGUUGAAACUCUCUGCUUUACUUCUUCUUUCACUCACAGGUGAAUCUCAUAGAUGGAAUAUACAACAAUGCUAUUCAAUCUUUCACUCUUUUCAUUCUCACAUGCUUCAUCUCUCAUCUAACAAACCAACAAAAACACAAACCAUUUCCGUUUCAGUUUUAUGUCUGUUUUUUCCUCUUCCAGCAUUUGGUAACUCCUAGGAAGGAAAAGGAACUAGUUUUUGGUCUCAAACUUCAACUCUUUUUACAGUUUUGUCUUUACUAUGACUUCACAAAAUUUCAACAAUGGUGAUAUGGGUCUUUUCCCUUUAUCAAACCCUGAAAUGGGUUGUCUUCAGAUUUUGAAACCCUCAAUGUUUCAAUCCACAGAAGAAGAAGGGUACUUAGGUUUAGGUGUUGAGAGAAAGAACUUGUCUUUGAAACUUGGUGAUGGUGUAGAACAAAAAAAGUCUCUUUCUGUGAAAACUGGUUACUCCAAGCUUUGUUCUAGAGGCCAUUGGAGACCAGGUGAAGAUGCAAAACUUAAAGACCUUGUUGCUGAAUAUGGACCUCAAAAUUGGAACUUGAUUGCAGAACAUCUUCAAGGAAGAUCAGGAAAAAGUUGCAGAUUAAGGUGGUUCAAUCAGCUAGAUCCAAGGAUCAACAGAGGCACUUUUUCUGAGGAGGAAGAGGAGAGGCUUUUAGCUUCUCAUAAAAUGUAUGGUAACAAAUGGGCUAUGAUUGCAAGACUUUUUCCUGGGAGGACAGAUAAUGCAGUGAAGAAUCAUUGGCAUGUAAUCAUGGCUAGGAGGCAUAGGGAAAAGUGUAGUGUGUAUAGGAGGAGAAAGCCAGUUGUUGAGAGUCUUUCCAAGGGUUUGAAAUUGAGUCUUUCAAACAAUGCAGCUAGUGAUUCAAAUUUGUCAAGUACUAUAGAUGGAAAUGCCUCAACUUGUACUGAUCUCUCACUUACUCCCUCUUCAGCUAAACUUAGUCCUCAACUGUUUGAUAAGCUAGUGGCUAAUGCUCAAAAUCACCAAGGCUAUGGAGCAAUAUUGGGUAAAUCUAGAGAAAGUGGUGUGGCAACUAGUUUUGACAAGUAUUUUGGAGGUUGUAACAACCAUGAAAAGGAGGAAAACCUCAAAGUAAUGGAUGUGGUCCAGUCCAAUUUUUCAGAUUCAAACACAUCAGAAGUAUCAGUAUCUGAGUCAGUUGGCACCAACAACAAUAGGCCCAAUAUCUCAAUUUCUGGUGAAAGUGAAAAUGUUGGUGCUACAAUGCUACUACCACCAUUCAUUGAUUUUCUUGGAGUAGGAGCUAGCUAAAUGGAAGAGAGGUUAGGAAAGUGAGGUAGUCAGGGUCAGGGGAACCGUUUGUGUUGGGUGAAAAUGGGUCUGCUGUAGUGUAUUCCCUUAUGUACAGUUUCUUCCAUAAAAGGCAAAAAGUAAAAAGUGAGUGAACAAUGGAAAAGGAAAGAGAAAAAAAAAGAGGCAUUAGUUAAGAAGAGAGAGAAAAAGGACUUAGUAAUAAUUUUCUAAACUCCUGGUUUUGGACUGUUUCUGAAAUAGCAGAAUAGUAGGGGCCUUGUUUGUUAAGUUUGUGGUACUUUUGGCAUUUUGUUAAUCAGAAGCCAAAGUUUUAUUAUGACUUGGAUGGAUGGAGGGAUGUACAACUUAUUAUUAAUGUUACAUGAAUCAAACCAACUAACCUGUUCUUUGAAUUACUCUUCUCAGUGCUACAUCAUGUCAUUGGUUUUUGUGUCUUUUUUUCUUUUGGU